AUGACAGAGUCCUAUCUGCAAAGUCAGAUUUCUUCAGAAAGACUAAUCUCAAGAAGGUGGUCCUUCGGGCAGAACUAAACCCAAUAAGAGCCCCUGGGUGUUCAAUCUCACUUACAGUAGUGCCCACACUUCACUGGAAAAACAUGGAAGGGAGAAACCUGAGCCGAGGGACUGAGUUUGAGCUCUUGGGUCUCACCAGUGACCCUCAGCUCCAGAGGCUGCUCUUUGUGGUGUUCCUGGGGAUCUACACCAUCACUCUAUUGGGGAACUUGCUCAUGUUCCUCCUGAUUCAUGUGAGUGCCACCCUGCACACGCCCAUGUACUCCCUCCUGAAGAGCCUCUCCUUUUUGGAUUUCUGCUAUUCCUCCACAGUUGUCCCCCAGACCCUGGUGAACUUCUUGGUCAAGAGAAGGGUGAUCUCCUAUCUGGGCUGCAUGGCUCAGAUGUUCUUCUAUGCGGGUUUCGCCACCAGCGAGUGCUAUCUCAUCGCAGCCAUGGCCUAUGACCGCUAUGCUGCUAUUUGUAACCCCCUGCUCUACCCAACCAUCAUGUCUCCUGAGGUCUGUGCUUCUCUGAUUGUGGGCUCCUACAGUGUCGGGUUUCUUAAUUCUCUUAUCCACACAAGCUGUAUCUUCAGCCUGAAAUUCUGUGGUGCUCACGUGGUCACUCACUUCUUCUGUGAUGGACCACCCAUCCUGUCCCUGUCCUGUGUGGACACUUCACUGUGUGAGAUCCUGCUCUUCAUCUUUGCAGGUUUCAACCUUUUGAGCUGCACUCUCACCAUCUUGAUCUCCUACAUCUUAAUCCUCAUCACCAUCCUGAGAAUGAGCUCAGCCCAGGGCAGGUUCAAGGCAUUUUCCACCUGUGCUUCCCACCUCACUGCCGUCUGCCUCUUCUUUGGCACAACACUUUUUAUGUACCUGCGUCCCAGGUCCAGCUACUCGCUGACCCAGGACCGCACAGUUGCUGUGAUCUACACGGUGGUGAUCCUGAUGCUGAACCCAUUAAUUUACUCUUUGAGGAACAAGGAUGUAAAGGAGGCCUUAAGAAAGGUUUGGAGCAGGAAAACAAUGGAAUGA